UUGUUGUUUACUCGCGUGAUAACUGCGAUAGACCGCUCCGUACAUGCGGCACUUGUUGAUCUGACACCAUCGAUAAUGCUUAUCGGUAAACAGUUGUUGCAGCGAGCUACAGAACUGUGCGAGUCGCUUCCCUGGCUUCGUACCGGAUCGUGCGCGGCGCUCCCGAACCUUCAACCCCGACAAAUGAAAACUCGAUGCAUAUACUGCCAAUUAUUCGAAUUUUUCAUUUGACGAAGAAUUUUUGAAAAGGAAAAUAAAAGUACGAAUGAGGUCCGAAAGCGGGAGGGCGGUGCUCAUGCCGAAUAUGCCGGGCGAUGUGCACAUCCCAGACGUGCUGGACGAGGCGAGGUGGACAACACGCUUCAGGAGCAAGUAUCGUGUCGCGAUCGUUGUAAGGACUGUCGCUUUCUUCCUUAUACCACUGAUUUAUUUUUUACUCGCCGGAAGAACCAGCCCGCAGGGACGACGCCUCUAUAUUAUAACAGGCCGGUUCGAGGAGGCUUCGGCAUCCCGGCGUCUUUUGGCGGCGGUAGGUCGGAGCGAGGAGAAGUCGGCGUCCCAGCGUCCACUGACGGCGGUUGUGAACCGCGCCCUGAGCAACAACUGCACUCCGGCGGCCAUCCUAGAAUUUCCAUCAGAUGGACUCACUCGCAUGCAGAGGAAAUCUGGCUUCGUGGUGGUUCACUGCGCGCUGGCCGUCUACUGCUGCGUCCUGCUUGCCGCGGUGUGCGAGGACUACUUCGUGCCAGCCAUCGAAAUGCUCUGCGCACGUCUACAGAUGUCCGCGGACGUGGCCGGCGCCACGCUGAUGGCGGCCGCCAGCUCCAGCCCCGAGUUGUUCAUCAGUUGCGUGGGUACAUUCGUGACGGAGGGCGACCUGGGUGUUGGCGCCGUCGUUGGCUCCGCGGUGUUCAACGUGCUCGCUGUGCCCGCCUGCUGUGCACUACUGGCUUCACGGGUGGUAGAGCUGGACCGGUGGGCUGUAUCGCGCGACUGCCUCGUGUACGCGCUGGCCGUGGUGGUACUCGUGUUGGCGCUGCGUGACAACGUGGUAUACUGGCACGAGGCCCUUGCACUCGUCCUCAUGUAUGCGAUCUACAUACUUGCUAUGGUGUUCAACGAACGUCUCGUUAGACUUGUACGCGGGAGUUGCGGAUACCUGUGCAAACCGAAGCUCUACAGCGAGAUCACUCCACUGCUAGUUAACGGAAAAUGCGGCGCUGGUGAUGUUCCGGUUGAGGGGCGCGGCUGCUAUUCACAGCGAGGAAUUGUGAUCGAGAAAAGUGUUUCCACAGAUUCUGAGUGUCCCGUUUGGGACCACGACUCACCGUUACGGUGCCCGGGUGCCGGGGCAUCCUGCGCGCGCUGGGCGCUGUGGGCGUGCACUUGGCCCGUGACAGCGGCACUGUGGGCCACCGUGCCCGACUGCCGGCGGCGCCCCGCACUUUGCCCCCUCGCCUUCGCGGUCUGCGUGAUCUGGAUAGGCGCGGCCUCCUACCUCCUCGCCUGGAUCAUCACGAUACUCGGAGAUACUCUUGACGUACCAGACAGCGUAACGGGUCUAACCGUGCUCGCGGCCGGCACCAGCCUUCCUGAAGCCGUCUCCAGCGUGCUCGUCACCAACCGGGGACACGGUACUAUGGGCCUCAGUAACUCCAUCGGGUCCAACACAUUCGACAUUCUGCUCUGCCUCGGGCUGCCGUGGCUGAUCAAGUCGCUCUACUUCCCCGCGGUACCCGGGAAUUUCUGGAUUACGAUUAAUUCAGGCGGGCUGAUGUACAGCGCGGCGGCACUGCUGUCCACGCUGGCACUGUUGUACACCGCGCUGGCCGCUGACAGCUUUCGACUGCGGCGGCGCACCGGCGUCGCCUGCGCACUCGCCUAUGCCGCCUACCUUGCCCUAGCGGUUCUGCUCGAGCUCAACGUGUUAGUCGACGUUAACCCGCCUGUCUGCAAGCACUGAACGGCGUCCCUACCUUCUCCAGUUGCUUACCCCUUUUGACCCUCUUUGCGGCCCUACUCUUUAUAGAUUAUAGAUGCACAAGUCUUCGAUUACGUACAUUGGCAACAAAGGUUGACCCUCUUAAGGCCGUCGUGCUGCGACUUAAAGCUCGAGUAUAGACAACUACUAUA